AUGUUACCGGGUCAAUGCUUCAGAACAAAAGAUUACGAUUUGGAGGGCGUGGUCGCUCGCGCUGGUGAUGAUACGGCUCGUAUAAACACUGGCUCACAUCCAUCGCGUCGAGGCGCAAAGAAAACUACCAACGGUGAUUUAUUCGAAGCGUCGCUCGCGACGUACGCGGAGAGCGCAAAGGAUGCGAAUACGGUUUCCGACGACGACGACGACGUCGUUGAAAUUCAUCUCAGCAACAUCAAACUCGGAAGACUAAUUGGUCAGGGCGCUUACGGUGCGGUGUACGUGGGAAAGUGGAACAAACGCGUCGUCGCGGUGAAAAAGUUACACGGUGUCCCACCCGGUGCUGGAAAGAGCGAUUUGAAGACGUUCGUGAGAGAAGUCGCCGUGUUGAGCGCGGUGCGACAUCCAAAAAUCGUGCGCAUGUUUGGAGCGUGUCUCAAGCUGCCGCAUCUUUGUAUAGUCGAGGAAAUGAUGGACGGAGGAAGCUUGCACGCGCUUCUUCACCAAGACAAGCAGUACGACGUGAGUCUAGACGACGUCGUGAGGAUAGCGCUCGACGUAGCGCAGGCGAUGGCGUAUUUGCACUCCAGAUGCAUCGUUCACCGAGACUUGAAAUCGCACAACGUGCUUCUCAACGGCCGUGGCGCCAAAGUUGCGGAUUUCGGCAUCGCGCGCGCGCUUGAGCGGACGUUGCUCAGCGCCGGCGGUUCGGCGACGAGCGCCGGCGGCGCGUCCGCCGGAACCGCCGGAACGCCCGCGUACAUGGCUCCAGAGCUUUUUCACGGCGACGCCGACGCGGUGACGACCAAAUGCGACGUCUUCUCCUUCUCCGUCCUUCUGUGGGAAUCACUCGCGCGGUCGAUCCCCUGGGAGUGGUUCGCGAACCACAUGCAAAUCAUCUUCGCCGUCGCCAUCCAAUCGCAGCGUCUACCGCUGGACGCGCCGCCGUUCGCGCGCGACGACGUCGUCGUCCGCGCGUUGGUCGACGACGUCAUCGUGCCCGCUUGGCAAACCGCCCCCGACGCUCGACCGGAUUUCACCGAGCUCAUCGUCGUCUUAAACCGAGCCCUGCGCGAGCUGCUAGCCGAAAGUCGCGUCGCCGUAGAUUCGCGCUAG